GUUUUGAAGCACUGGCAGGAAAGCGGGGAGGAGAAAAUUACCUAAGUGAUAGUGAGGUUGCCACGAACUAUAUAAAACUGUGGAAUCAAAUCGGAGAAACUCCACCUCGCAGUCUUGAACCAUAAGCACAACCCCUGAAGAGAAGCCCACCCCACAACCGAGUCAUCUCAAAGGCUUGAACUGAACCCAAGCUGCUCAGAGCUGCCGCGGGACGGGGAACCCACGAGCUGUCCCAGCCACAUCCAGUUUCAGUGGGAGCUGCGAGCAGGAAUGCUGUUCUUGGGAAGUUUAAAAAUAAUGAAGUGGAGGCAGCUUUUCUGGAUCGCGUUCUGCGUUGCGGAGUUGUCUGGCAACGCGUCUGGGAGCCCAACGGACACCCCCGUGGUCACGGCCAUGGCCACGGAGGGCGGCAGAAGCGCAGCAGCCACCGGAGCCACCGCAGCCGCCAGCAGUGCCAAGCCAACGCCAGAGAUAACCGCUGCGACCGGGUCCCUGGCAGCCAGCGCCAGCUCCCCGGGGCUGGGCCGUGAGCAGCCGAGCCCCCAGCCCAGCCGAGCCCCCACGCAGCCGCUGGGCACCCCCUCGGAGCCAAACCACACCAGCUGGGGGGUCCGCACAACCGGGAGCCCCACGACGCAACCCAGCACGGUGGCAGAAACCCCAGGGCCCACAUUGGCUCUGAUGAGCUCCUCUGCCACCUCGGAGCAUCCUGGCAUCUUGGCUGCCACCACGCCGCCGCACACAGGCAGGGACAGCCCGAAGCUCAUCACGUGCCACAAUGUCAAAGAAGUGAGCGACACUGGAGCCAUCUGCUUGCAGCUCAACGAGUCCAACACUUGCAAACAUUUUUUAGAGAUGAAGGGGUCGGACUUAUGGAGCGCGAUCUGCGAAGGGAGCGCCCACCGCCUUCCCUCCCCCUGCCAGAUCAAGCUGGCUCAAUCCGAGGUGGACCGCGACUGCAUGCUCCUCAUCCUCGUCGGCGAGAGAGAUCCUGCCACAGACAUGCUCCAGGAGUCUCACUGGGAAAAGUUUGGAAUAAAAUCCCUUAAACGGGGGAGCGUGAGGAACCAUCAGGACUUUUCUCAGAAGACCCUGAUCGCCUUGGUCACAUCUGGGCUGCUGCUGGCGUUCCUGGGCUUGGCUGGCUAUUUCCUGAUGAAGCGGCGGAGCUGGAGCCCCGCGGGAGAGAGACUGGUCAGUGCUUAUCGAUGGCAGAGCCCCCGGGGGGGCCCGGGGGGGAGAGGAGGGGGCUGCUCCGCCGUACCCUCGGCCGCUCCGUGUGUCCCCAGCCCCACGGGACGUUGUGACGCGGGGCUGGGCCAGCCUGGGCAAGGCGAAGGGCAGGAGCGGGGAGGCCGGACCCUGCAGGGUGCAGGGAAACCUCCCUCGGCUUCUAAAAUUAACUGAUGGCUCCUGCGGGAAAAAACGCCCCUUUCUUGCUCCUACUUCUGGGUCUAACACUUAUUUUUGCUCAGCAGUAAGAACUCAUCCAGCAAGACCCCUCCAGAGACACCGAAACCUUAUGAAUUUGUCAUUAAAAGUGUCACACUUUAACUCCCCAUUUGAUGCGUUUUGAGUUAUAUUUCUGUCUUGUACCGACGCUGUAAUAAAGGCUCUAUCUCCCCUCACUUAACAAGCGAUGGUAAUAAAAUACCUCAAGAAAGAAAGAGAAAGAAAUUUCCUAUUUCCGUUUUCCCCUUUCCAGGCAGGAGACCACUGAGGACUCUUCCCUACCAGUGAGUUUCGGGGACGUGAGCCCUCCGUAAAGUGAGGACGGGCCGUGCUUUUUGUGCUCGUGGGCAGGUGAACGGUUGUGUCCUGGGAAGCCAUGAGGUUACUUCAUUGCCGGAAGGGAUGCUCUCCAAACAUGCAGAUGGGAAGUCGGAGGCAGGGACUGCCCCCGGGUACCAUCCCCGGGAUGCUGGCGAGGGACAGGCAAUGUCACUGCGUGGCGAGGAGCUGCCCGUGUAAAUGAUGGCUGUGUCAAUCCAGUGUCCAGGGGCGAUGUGCCCAGCACACCCACCUCACUGCCACAGACGAGGGUGUCACGACGGGGCGGGCGGGAAGCCCAGCAGCCUGCCGUGGGUGCUGGAUGCCGCUGAGCAAACAGAGCGGGGCUAUCUGCUACCAGCUGGCAGUGGCCACCUGCAGCCCAGGACCACCAGCGCCCAUUGCAUUGCUGUCAGACCUGCCACGGUCCGACUCCUGGGGAGUCAUCGUGGUGGGGACAGAGGUGGCUCUGGAUCCUCCAUAGGCAUCUGCUCCUUACAGCAAUAUCCCCACAACGUGUCUUUGCAUUUACAGCCCCACACACCUCUCCGGGCUGAUGUUGCUGGAGCGCAGGCCUGCGCCUCUGCUAGCACCUUGAUGCGAGCUGGGUAUCUAUUUAUAGGCCAAAAGAAAGAAGGCCGGGGAAAGAAAGAGGGAAUUUCCAUAGCUUUCAUUCUUUUGGUGAAUGGGUGUUUUUUUACUUGGCCAAAGUGGAAAGCGGAGGUGGUCUGCCACGGCGUAGCUUUGCAAACCCGAGGCAGGGUCAGCUCCAAAACCUGGUCAUGAGAAAACAACAAAACCUGACGGCUUCUCUUUUCAGGUCCAGGAGAAAAAAAAACAAACCUGCGGUUCCUGGCUGGUUUUCUUGCUUCGUCUUGCCACGGCGUGGUUCAGGCCCUCUGUUCCCCUUCCCAUGCCUGCGGUUGUUUGUAGCUCCUGUCCAGGAAGCGCCGGCUGCCGGCCAAGCCGCUGCCUGCCAUCAAAGCCCAUUGCCGUCAGCCCUUUCCUUUCCCUAAC